AUGAGGCUCUCGACAAGCCUGCUGGUUCCAGCUUUGAUCAGCGCAGCUUCCGCGGCUUCGGAUGCCAGCGUCUACAUAUUCCAAGGCGACGAAUCGCCGAAUGCCUCGAAUCGUCCAGCCCUCUCCCCAGAACAGGCGCGACUAGUCUUCGCCCAACGCUUAGGUACAUCGCAAUACCAUGGUUUAAAAGGUGCUAGUGAGGACACAUUAUCAUACAUCAACAAAUUUGGUGGGAGACACAGCUCCUUAUUCCAAGACUUAGAGCAAAGUCAGGCAGCAGAAUUGGUCUUGAUUGUGGAGGGAGUGUGUUCAGAGGCUACAAAGCUUCUCCUAAAUACUUGGGCCCCGUUAGAACCGGCAUUUACCAUCUCAGAGCCGCCAUCAUUGAAGUCGAACAAGAAGUUUAUCGCGGAUUUGAAUCAACAAUCGGGGCAGAGCCGAGACUGCCUGCUGGAGGAUGCUAUCAAUCCUUAUCAAGAAGCGUGUUGGAAUGGGAAGUCGAAGGUUAUACAUUUCGAUUUGGGUGCAACUAAGGACCAGUCCAAACUCGAAGAUUUGAUAUCUGCCCAGAAAGGGUUGAUUCGAUGGGCUAAGAACCAGGAAAUGAACACAGUGGUAGUUCUCAUGCCCGAGGCAUCUCGAUUGUCGGAAACGAGUUCGAAACCAUACGGGUCAUAUGAAAAUGCUCCACAAAUUUCUCUUGGUCGGAGACAAGGAAGUGAGGAGGUCAUGAGUGAAUCACCCAAAAGCUCUGCGCCCCCGUCCCCCCCCGUGGAUUCUCAGCUAGUUAAGACCUCUAACUCAACCGCGGGACCUGUCACCGGUGUCAUCCCAUCAUGUCACUCUUCCCUGGAUGCCUGUAUUUCAGCGACGAAGAACUGCUCUGGUCAUGGCGAAUGUUUCAAGAAGUAUGGCACAAUUAGUGACGGUGGUGUAGCAAAGGGUGCAUGCUUCAGCUGUGGAUGUGUGCCACAAAAUGAGACAUUUUGGUUCGGGGGCUCUAAGGAUACAAAGGCCAACAAGAAAGGUCACAGGACUGUAUAUUACGGAGGGGGCGCAUGCCAGAAGAAGGAUAUCAGCGGACCUUUCUGGCUCAUCGCCGUCUUCACUAUUGUCAUGGUUGGCUUGGUGAGUUCGGCUAUUGGUAUGCUGUUCAGUAUCGGCGAGGAGAAACUACCUGGUGUAAUUGGUGCUGGAGUCUCUAGCAAGGCGAGGUAG